AUGGCGUAUCCUCCUUACAAAGCAGGAGUACUACCACUGAGCAAAUCUGGCUCCGGCUCUAUCCAAUCUUUCACCCAUGUUAUUGUUACUGCUAAUGUGAAUAAUUCCCAAUUUGAACAAAAAGUAAUUAAUCUCACAAAUGAAAGAAAGCUUUUGGUUGCUGGUCUUGAAGCAGUUAUUCAAGAUUUACAAGACAUGCAAGAUAGUACUAAAGAAAAAGUUAAAAAAUCCAAAAAACAGUUUUUGGAACAACUAUGUGAACAAAAAGGAUUGUUAUUAGAAAAGUUGUCAUCAAAUUUGAAAGACUUAAAGCAAGCACAGGCUCUUGCAGCUGAUCAACCAGGCAGUAUUAAUGAGCAAAAGAUACAAGAAUUCAAUGAACAAAGAAGGCUAUUGUCUAUAGGUUUAGAGGGAAUUGUACAAAACAUUCAAAAUGUAGAGAAUCUUAAAUCAAGCAGAACUGAGCUAUUAACACCCUAUGAAAUACAAGCAUUAUCUGAGAAGAGAAAGUUGUAUUUGGACAAUAUGGAAUUAAAUCUGAAAGAUUUGAAACUUUUGCAGGCCGCUGCAGUUACUCAGCCAGAUAAUGAACAGAUAAUUCAGCUAUUAGCUGAGAAGAAAAUAAUAUUGUUUGACAAUCUGGCGGAAAUUAUUCAAGAUAUGGAGCAAGCACAAAACUUUGAUUUAGAAAAAGGUUUGACAAAAAGAUCUGAUGAGAGAGAAAUACAUGAGCUGCUAGUGUUUUCAGCACUAGAAUCAAAAUGUUAUGAACUGGAAGAAAUGGGAACUCUUCCAUAUAAUCAGCUGGAUGUUAUCAAACGGAAAGUGUACAAUCUACAAGAAAGAAGAAAGAGUUCAUUUGAUAGAUGUCAUUUACUUUAUCCCAAAGAGCCUCCAAUAGAAAAUAUGCUUGAGAGGCAAAAAGAAGCACUAAAAGAAUUUCUCCAACAAAGAAAACAUUUGUUUUCAUAUCUGCAAUCAAGUAUUGAAAAUCUGCAACAAAAAAGCGUUGUUUGGCAAGAUACGGCUGAUGAGAACAUAGCAAAACAAAGAUCUUUGGCUGAAAAACUAGAAGCAAAUAUGAGAGAUAUACAAGCUGCUUUUGAAAAAAAACAGAAAAUAGAAAAGUCCAAAGAUGUUGAAUCAAGGCAACAACUUCAACCACUAAUUAGUCAGAAGACUAGUGUAACUCAGCCGCCACAUCACCAACUAUUGAUGGCAAAAGUUUCAUCUCUUCAAAUCACCAAAGCUCCUAUGAUUAGAAGUUUCAGACACGAAGAGACAAGCCAAGAUAGUACAAAAUCAGAGGAAAGACCCACCAGUUCUCUCCUAGAGCAGCGGAGCAAAAUUCUAACGAGGGAAUUAGAUACGCCAAGUGGAAGCAAACUUACCCCACACUCUUUGCAAAAAAUAUCUAGUCUUUUUCCAUUUGAUAUCAGCAAAUUUUCUCCUGAUACUGCAUUGCAUGAAUUACUAGAAUAUAACAGGACUCUGCUUCCAGGCCAUAAAUCAAAUCUGCAUCAUGCAUGGCAACUUGCACAUCAAAAGAUACUACAACAACAAGCUAAACUUGGUAGGUUAUUUGGUCAAUGA